AUGCCCGACUCCAACGGCAACGGCCACGCCAUGCACCACGACGCCGACGACGACGGCCUCUUCACCGACCCCGGCCCCGUCCUCCCCGACCCCGCCCAGAUGGGGGCCGACGAGGGCUUCCUCCUCCGCGAGUGGCGCCGUCAAAAUGCACUCCUUCUGGAGGAAAAGGAGAAGCACGAGAAGGAGCUGAGGAGCCAAAUCAUCCUUGAAGCUGAAGAGUUCAAGAAGGGUUUCGUCGAGAAGCGCAAGCUGAACCUUGAGACAAGCAAGGAUCACAACCGGGAAAGGGAGAAGCUUUUCCUGUCCAACCAGGAGAAGUUCCACAAGGGCGCAGACAAGCAGUACUGGAAGGCGAUAUCCGAGCUCAUCCCACAGGAGAUUGCGCACAUCGAGAAGAGGACGGGCAAGAAGGACAAGGACAAGAAGCCUGGGAUCAUCGUUGUCCAGGGCCCCAAGCCCGGGAAGGCCACCGACAUGGCGCGGAUGCGCCAGAUCCUCUCAAAGCUGAAGCACACACCGCCGCCACACAUGAAGCCACCUCCACCACCUGCUGCAGCACCCGCUGGGAAGGAUGGAACUCCGGCCGCCGCUGGAAAGGACGGAGCUAAGGCGGUAGCGACACCUGCUGCCAAGGAUGCCCCUGCCAACGGCACUGUCCCUGAGAAGGAGAAUGCCGCACCCGCCGCCCACCAGCUGAGCCCAUCGCUGCUGCCUGAACGAAGGUGA